AGCCAUUUUGGCCCAAGGAUUUUGAUCAAUCUCGCUGCCCUCCGUCAGGUCGCGCUCGACCUCUGCCGCCCGCCGCCCGGCUCCCUCGCGCGGCGCAAUCCGAUGGCCCCCGCGCGCCCCCGGCCCGCCCGGCCCGCCCUGCUGCUCGCCGCGCUCGCCCUCGCCGCGUGCCGCCCGGCGGCCUUCCUCCCGCCGCCGGCGGGGGCGCCCCCGAGGGCCGGCGGCGCGGGCGGCGAGCCGCUCGAGGCGUACGCUGCGGUGCUGGCCGCCGCCUCGGCCGUGCCCGCGCCGGCGCUGGCGAUCGCCUCCGAAGACGACGACGGGUUCGACGUGCGCAUCCUCGCCGUGCUGGCGCUGCCGCUCCUCGCCGCCUCCUGGGCCCUCUUCAACGUCUGGCGCGUGGCCUUCCGCCAGGGCGCCCGCAUCGGCGAGGGCGUGGGCGGCGGGAACUCGAAGAUCGGCCUGGCCCCCGAGGAGUGAGCUUGGCCGAGGUCAGGGCCAAGCAGGGCUGAACCCAAACGGUGCUUUUCGUGUUCGUUUCGUUUUCGUUCUCCCUCGUUCUAAUGCCCCAGCCAGACGUCUUGGUGUGCGCUGCGGCCCGUGGGGCCGUAUAGCUGCUGGGGCGGCGCCGUCUGUUCUGGUCUCUGCGCGCCACCGCUGGGGCGCACGUCCCGGGACGGCUGGGCAGUUGGCACCCCGACGCGCCGCCAGGGGGAGGAGCCGCGCCGCGCCGCCGCCCUGGGACGGGCGCCCCUGCCGGCGGACCGUCUCUCGGCUCCACCUGCCGCUGCUCGUCCGGGCAGGGAGGGCGCGCCGCGGCCCGCCCCGCCCCGUGGGUUUUUUUGCUCUCUCUGCUGCCCCCCCCCCCGCGCCCUCGGGGCGCCGGGGGGGCGGGGCGGCGCCCUCUCUGGGCGUCUGCCUCCGAGCUCGCUGGAGAGUGGCUGGGCGGACCGCCGGGAGGAGCCUCGCGAGCAUCGGACAACACAGUCGUGUCCGCCCUCCUCCCCCAUGAUCCUCCAGCCGGCCAGCGUGGCCGGCCAAGCACACGAGCGGCGCACGGGCGGCGAGAGCCACGCCAGCGAGCCAGAGAGGACG